GGGAGAGGCAACGGCGGCGGCGGCGGCGGCGGCAGCGGGAGUGGAACGAGUAAGCGGCGCUAGCAGCAGCAUGACUCGGAGGCGGAGCAGGCCGAGCGGCGGCGCGGGCCGGCGCGAGCGGGCGCGGGCCCCGGGGCCACAGAAGCCCCAGGCGCUCGAGCCCCCGCCGCCGCCAAGCCUGGAAGCGGGAGCGGGUGCCGGGCCCCCGGAGAUGCUGGCGGAGCCCGACCGCGACUGCCCCAGGGAAGAAGAUGAGCCUAAAUUGAUCCCCGGCCCGCAGGUGUCCCCCACAUCCAGCCAGUCUGUGCAGACUUGCUGCCUACUGUGUCACCGGGAACGCAAAGGCUGGGAAGAAGGCCCUUCUCAAAAUGGACUGGUGUUGCAGGGUGAGAAGCUGCCCCCUGACUUCAUGCCAAAGCUCGUCAAGAACCUCCUAGGCGAGAUGCCUCUGUGGGUCUGCCAGAGUUGCCGAAAGAGCAUGGAGGAAGAUGAGAGGCAGACAGGUCGAGAACACGCAGUGGCGAUCUCCUUGUCACACACAUCCUGCAAAUCACAGUCUUGUGGGGGUGACUCUCAUUCCUCUUCGUCCUCCUCUUCAUCAUCCUCAUCUUCGUCUUCCUCCUGCCACGGGAACUCAGGGGACUGGGACCCCAGCUCAUUCCUGUCAGCACAUAAGCUCUCGGGCCUUUGGAACUCCCCACACUCCAGUGGUGCAAUGCCAUGCAGCUCACUCGGGAGUCCUCCUGCCAUCCCUGGUGAGACUUUCCCUAUCACGGAGCACCACCGACACUCAGACCUCACUGCCCCUCCUAACAGCCCCACUGGCCACCACCCCCAGCCAGCUCUGAUCCCAUCGCACCCUGGAUCCUUUGGCUCACCACCCCACCCUCACCUACUACCCACCACCCCAGCAGCACCUUUCCCUGCUCAGGCUUUUGAGUGCCCUGUUGCCACUGCCGCUGCCCCUCAUACCCCAGGGGCAUGUCCAAGCCCCCACCUGUCCUCUACCAGCAUGCCGCUCCUAAAGAUGCCCCCACCGUUCCCGGGGUGCAGCCACCCCUGUAGCGGGCACUGCAGCGGGCCUCUCCUCCCACCACCGAGCUCUCAGCAGCUCCCCAGCUCUCACAGAGACCCCAGCUGCAAAGGGCACAAGUUUACACACAGUGGCCUGGCGUGUCAGCUGCCCCAGCCCUGCGAGGCAGAUGAGGGUCUGGGCGAGGAAGAGGAUAGCAGCUCAGAGCGUAGCUCCUGCACCUCGUCCUCCACCCAUCAGAGAGAUGGGAAGUUCUGUGACUGCUGCUACUGUGAGUUCUUCGGCCACAAUGCGGAGAAGGAGAAGGCCCAGUUGGCAGCAGAAGCCCUGAAGCAGACACAUCACAGUGUUUCUGGAAGCCGGGAGCCAAGGCCUGCCAGAGAGAGGCUCUUGGAGUGGCCUGACCGGGAGCUGGACCGAGUCAACAGCUUCCUGAGUAGUCGUCUGCAGGAGAUCAAGAAUACUGUCAAGGACUCCCUCCGGGCCAGCUUCAGUGUGUGUGAGCUCAGCAUGGACAGCAGUGGCUAUGCCAAGGACGGGGCUGCUGAACCUGAUCCCCAGAGUCGGCCCCCAUCAAACUUCAAUGGCUCCUCUGAGCAGCGGCCUGACAUCAAUCUUGACCUGUCCCCUUUGACUUUGGGCUCCCCUCAGAACCACACAUUACAAGCUCCAGGCGAGCCAGCCCCACCAUGGGCAGAAAUGAGAGGUCCCCACCCACCAUGGACAGAGGUGAGGGGCCCCCCUCCUGGUAUUGUACCAGAGAAUGGCUUAGUGAGAAGGCUCAACACCGUGCCCAACCUCUCCCGGGUGAUCUGGGUCAAAACACCCAAGCCAGGCAACCCCAGCUCUGAGGACCCAAGCGCAAAGGAAGUCUCUGGUUGCAAGCAGGAGCUGCCUGAAUCUGUGGCCUCAGGUGGAAAGCUUCGGAAGGGCAAGAGACAGGGCAGUCAGGCCAAGAAAAGUGAGGCAAGCCCAGGUCCCAGACCUCUAGCCAGCCUAGAGGCUCCCAGUGCCAAGGGUCAGACUAUUGGCUCCAAGCAGCCAGGCAAAGCCCCAGAUCCUUCCAAAAUAGGCAGCUAUGCUGAGGCUGGAGAGGGGAGCCGGCCAGGCCUGGGCUGGACUGGCAGCCCCAAAACUGAGAAGGAGAAGGGCAGCUCCUGGCGAAACUGGCCCAGCGAAGCCAAGACUCGGCCCCCAGAGCAGGAAUCUGUGCAGCCCCCAGGCCCAGCAAGGCCACAGAGCUUGCCACAGGGCAAGGGUCGCAGCCGCCGGAGUCGUAACAAGCAGGAGAAGUCGGCCUCAUCCUUGGACGAUGUAUUCCUGCCCAAGGACACGGAUGGAGUGGAGAUGGAUGAGACGGACCGGGAGGUGGAGUACUUCAAGAGGUUCUGUUUGGAUUCUGCAAAACAAACACGACAGAAAGUUGCCGUGAACUGGACCAACUUCAGCCUCAAGAAAACCACUUCCAGCACAGCUCAGUAAGCCCCUGCCAGAUCAGACUCCUUCAGAGUGUUCUGUGACCCUGACUGCCAGCUGAAGGUCUACAGUUUCUCCCUCCCCAUACCCCAUCCACAUGCCCAAGACUUCCUGCUCCCCACCAUCCUGGACCAACCAGAAGCUGAAUGGAUGCUGGGCUGUGCUGGGGCCCCUCCGGACCUCUGCAGAGCCACUCCCUGGUGCUACGCAGCCUCCACAUUCAAAGCCUGGGGCCAGGCUAGCCUUUGGGCUGGGGACUGAUGGUACUGCUGGCCCAACACUGCUCUCUUUGUGUUUGGUUUUUUGUUUUUGUUUUUCAAUUCUUUACUUUUGAUACUGUGAAGAUCUUUCAUGCUGAAAGAUAAAGCAACAUUUGGACACAGA